AGCACCCUAUCUAAUUGUGUGAGUAACUCCGCCUUUGUAUCCUGAGUGUUCUCGUGCAGAGCUAUAUCGAAACCAUGCCAACGAUGCCACCGAUGAUGAAGAUGCUGAAGAUGAUAAUAACGGUACUGAAGUUGAUGACGACGAACUCACCGAGGAUGACGAUGACGACGGCGGAGCUGAUGACGAUGACAACAAUGACGACGAAGAUGACGUCGACUCUGAUGACGGAGACGAAGCAGCGAAACGAAGAUGACGUCGAUAUCGUGUCGACGAUGCCUCCGAUGAUGAAGAUGCCGAAGAUGAUAACGAUGCUGAAGUUGAUGAAAACACGUCGAUGAUGACGAUGACGGCGGCGCACCGAUAGC